UGACAUUUAUCAUGCAUUGUCAAUGUCAAACUCGUUAAGAUACGUUUACUCAGUUAUUAUUUAAUAGAUUUAUUUUGUAUAAGUUAUUUAUUUCACUUAUUCCUUAAUCGUAAACAAUUCGCCGUUAAAAUGGAUUCAGAGACUAGUAUUGUAUCUGAGGUAGUAGAAACAAUAUUUAAAGUACAAUCUGUGGAGAGCUCCAUAGAAUUACCACCAGAACAGUGGUCGUCGCUGGAAAUAGUAAUACCUGAAGAAAAUCAGAAGAAACUUCUCUAUGAGGAAGGGUUGUAUGAUCCCGGCAGCGGAGAAAUAUGUGCCAAGUAUAUAGGAGUGUCCGCCAGCUCCAUACUACGACACCCUUACUACAAUUACCCAGCCAUCAAAGACCCGGGGAUUGAGGAAGCUUUGUUACAACCUGAGAAACCGAUCGUGUACCCCGACGAUGGCCAAGAGUUAUAUCUAGCCACCUGCCGCAAAAUGAACCAGUGUCCAGUCAGGAGCUUUUAUAGAGGUUUACUCGAUAAAGAGAUAGACCUGCGAUAUUACUGUGUCAGUGCUGCAGGAAUCCGGGCGAUGACCAUCGCUUUAAGGUACAACAAGACAGUCAAAACUUUAAAUCUUACUGAUAACUUUUUGAACGACGACGCCAGCUAUCAUUUGGGAGAAAUGCUUCUAUCGAACAACACUAUAACAGAUCUCAUUUUGCGCGGCUGCAGAAUUGGUCCGACGGGUGUCUCCCGGCUGGUUUAUAGCUUGCCACAAAAUAGAGGCCUGCAGAAUCUUGAUUUGAGCUAUAACCAGUUAGGGGAUGAGGGCAUGGAGCAUAUUGCGAAGGCAGUGUUCUAUGGGAUAGACAUAAAGAAAAUCAAUUUAAGCUAUAAUAAUAUAACUGGAAGAGGUGUUAUGCUGUUGGCAGAACCUUUCGAGACAAACAACAAGUUCACUCAUAUAGAUCUUUCGUGGAACAAAGUAUUUACUCCCGGGAGUUACGCUUUCCUUUCCAAGUUAUCAGAAAGCACUUGCCUUCAAGAAUUGAACUUGGCAUGGAACUCAUUGUCUGGUGCUCGAUUAAGUCAAGCGUUAAAAGAUAUUAUGCUGUGUCCUUUAUUAAAUGACCUAAACCUCAGCAACAAUAAGCUAGAAGGAGAAGCUAUAACUAACAUCAUAGCUAAUUUAGGCAAAGCUAAGAAACUAGUCUGUCUCAAUUUGUCGUUCAACCCUCUCACACCUGCUGAUGCUAUGAAAGUUCUAAAUAAAGUGAGGGCCCCCGCUGUGAAACUACAUAAGUUAUACUUGGAUAAUGUAUUUGUUACUGGAGAAUUUUUGAAUCUACUCGCACGUAUGAAAGGUAUGAAGUCUAAGAAAAAUUUAAUCGUGACGUACGGAGGUGUAGUUGGCAGUUUUAUACCUAAGGGACCAGACAUUAGGGAGCUGAUUCUGAAUAGAAUUGAAUACCUCACUAAGAAGUCGAAGAAGCGUUCAGUAGACAUCGCACUCGUAUUUCUGCAGCUACAAAAAGAAAACCGUACUAUAAUAAACAACAAAGAUUUCGGGGGGGUUAUAGAGUCAUUUGGAGCACGUCUCGAUGAAGGCCUUGUAGAAGAAUUAUGCUUGACUUUCCCAGGUCCAAGAACUGCUAAAUCUAGAACUGUAAAUGUUGACCUUAUAGUAGAGUAUGUCAAACGAAAAUGGCCUGACAGGAAACUCCCUCCUACGCCUCCUCCAGAACCUGAACCAGAACCACCACCGCCCAAAGGAAAAGACGCAAAAAAGGGAAAGAAAGGCAAAGGAAAAAAGUGAACGUUGUGAUUUAUUUUAUGUUGAAACAUUUAUCUUUUUUCAAGUAUUUAGAUGACUUGUAGGAGUUAUUAAGAUUUUUAGUUAAUUAUUUUAAUUACUUUAUAAAUAUUUAGUUAAUUUUGUAUGAUUUAAUUUUUUAAGACUGUUAUGGCGAAUGGCGUCUAUAGGUAAGUCGUGUUUAGAGAUAUUUUUAAUGCAACUCAUAAGAACUGAUUAAAUAAAUAUAUUUUAUAUUCUAGAGUU